AUGAGCUAUUCAACACAUCCUUUCCGUACAGUGGCUUCAAGCUUUUAAUCUCCCAGGAUGAGGCUCCUAUUUCAUUUAUUUGCCCUUGCUCUCUUUAUAACCUCCACCUUUUGUGGAAUCAAGGACUUCAGUGAGCAUUUUGAAAGCCUUAAAGAUGCACAUCAACAUGACAAUGGGACCUAUGAUAUGCAAAACCUUCCUGUGGAGUUCCACAAAGAAAACACUAUUACUAAUGAUCUGAUUCCUGAAGAGGAGGAAGAAGAGGACUACUUAGAUUUUGAAAAAAUACUGGGUGAAGAUGACUAUGGUGACAUUAUUGAUGCUGGUCCAUACAUGAUUUCUGAAAUUCAGCAAGGAAAUAUUCUUGAACUUUUCCAAGGAAAAACUAGGAUCCAGCGCCUUAAUAUCCUGAACGCAAACUUUGGCUUCAACCUAUACCGAAGCGUGGCAGACAAAGCCAACUCUUCAGAUAAUAUUCUGAUGGCUCCUGUUGGUAUUUCCACAGCAAUGGCUAUGCUUUCCCUGGGACUGAAGGGUCACACUCACCAGGAAGUAUUAUCUGUGCUUGGCUUUGAAGACUUCAUUAAUGCCAGCACCAAGUAUGAGCUCACGACUGUUCACAACCUCUUCCGCAAACUCACUCAUCGGCUUUUCAGGCGCAACUUCGGUUAUACGCUGAGGUCUGUCAAUGAUCUUUAUGUUCAGAAGGACUUCUCUAUUCUGAAUGAUUUCAAAAACAAUAUGAAAACAUACUACUUUGCUGAUGCUCAACCAGCUGACUUUUCAGAUCCUAACUUCAUAACUAAAACCAAUGAACGGAUCUUGAAGCUGACCAAAGGAUUAAUAAAGGAAGCCCUUGUGAAUGUAAACCCCACAACACUGAUGAUGAUUCUUAACUGUCUUUAUUUUAAAGGAACAUGGGAAAAUAAGUUUCCAGUGGAAAUGACAUUCAAGAGAAGUUUCCGACUGAAUGAAAAGCAAACCAUCAAGGUUCCCAUGAUGCAGACUAAAGGGAACUUCCUAGCUGCUGCAGACCCCGAGCUAGACUGCGGCGUGAUCCAGCUCCCCUUCGUAGGGAACAUCAGUAUGCUCAUCGUACUUCCACACAAGCUCUCGGGCAUGAAAGCCCUGGAAAAGCAAAUAACCCCUCAAGUGGUUGAAAAAUGGCAGAGCAGCAUGACUAACAGAACAAGAGAAGUAGUUCUGCCUAAAUUUAAGCUGGAGAAGAGCUAUGACUUGAUUGGUUUUCUGAGAUCCAUGGGAGUAGAAGAACUGUUUAAUGAAAAAGGCAACUAUUCCGGUAUAUCAAAUGAAAAAGUCACCAUCAACAGGUUCAAUCACCAAGGCACAAUCACUGUGAACGAGGAGGGCACGGAGGCUGUAGCAGUAACCAACGUGGGGUUCAUGCCUCUCUCUACCCAGAUUCGCUUUACGGUCGACCGUCCCUUUUUGUUUCUGAUCUAUGAACAUCGUACCAGCUGCCUCCUGUUCAUGGGUAGAGUUGCCAAUCCCGCCAAGUCCUAAAAGUGGAGAUCUCCAGCACGUUUUUAUAUGCAGGCUGUAUGAUUACACAUUAAUAUAGCAAUAUCGUAAAGGCAACUUUAUUGUCCUAUUACUUAUUACAAUCGCCACUGCUAUCAAAACAAAAUGUUCUAUCUGCAGAUAGUUACAUAAGAAUGGACUCGUAGCAGUAAGUGAUUUGACUGCAAUUUAGAAUGGUUAGUGCCAUGUACUGAUAGAAGUGUAUUAAAAAAAAAAAAAUCACAAAGUAAUUUACACUUUGUGUUCUACUUCCGUGUAUAAAAUGUAAUCAAUAAAACAUUUAGACUAUAUGGA